CAGUGAUUUUCUUCUUAUCCAAAACUAACAUCUCCUUCUUCACUCACAACCGUUAGAAUGUCAUUUUUAGUGUUAAGUUACGGUGUCGCCGGUGCUAUCCCUCUUUCCACUCCCAACAAUUUGUGUCUUCCGAUUCCCAAUUUCAAUCGUAGCAGAUUUAACUCUCAAGCUCAUUCCAAUUCCCAAUUACGUCACAAUCUUGUCAACCCUACCCCAUCAUCCGUCUUCGAACUCGGUAAGAUGUUAACUUCCCUAGUUAAAAACAAGCAGUUUGACACUGCUAUUUCCCUCUCUAAUCAAAUGGAGCUCAAUGGAAUUCAACCUAACUUUGUUACUUUGAACAUCUUACUCAAUUGUUUCUGCCGCAUUGGUCAACUCAAUUUUGCAUUUUCUGUAUUGGCUAAAAUUCUCAAGCUAGGCUAUCAGCCUAAUACAAUAACAAUGGCUACACUUAUGAAAGGCAUGUGUCUUAGUGGUCAGGUUACUAAAGCUUUGGAUUUUCAUGACGAUGUUAUAUCAAAGGGAUUUCAGCUUGAUCAAAUUAGUUAUGGAAUCUUGAUUGAUGGCUUAUGUAAAAAAGGAGAAACAACAGCUGCCCUACAGUUGGUUAGAAAGAUUGAAGCGUUAAUGGUUAAACCAAACGUGGUAAUGUACAACAUAGUCAUUCAUAGUCUUUGCAAGGAUAAACUCGUGAAUGAUGCCUUUCAUUUAUAUUCUGAAAUGAUUGUCAAUAAUAUUUAUCCUGAUGUUGUCACUUGCAAUACUUUAAUAUACGGCCUUUGCAUUGUGUGUCAAUUCAAAGAAGCUGUUGGUUUGUUAAAUGAAAUGUUGUUGAAAAACCUCAGCCCAAAUGUUCUUACUUUUACUACACUGAUUGAUGGUUUAUCUAAGGAAGGAGAGGUGAGAAAAGCUACAAAUGUCUUAGCUGUUAUGAUAAAACAAGGUGUGAAACCAGAUGUUGUUACUUAUAAUUCUUUAAUGGAGGGGUAUUUCUUGGUUAAAGAAGUGAACAUGGCCAAAUAUGUAUUCAACACUAUUGCUCAAACGGAAGUGAAACCAGAUGUUUGUACUUACACAGUCAUGAUUAAUGGAUUAUGCAAGAAUAAAAUGGUGGAUGAAGCCAUGGAUCUCUUGAAAGAAAUGUAUUUAAAAAACAUCUCUCCUGAUACUAUAACAUACAGUUCGCUUAUUGAUGGGCUUUGCAAAUCGGGGAGAAUCUCUGAUGUUUGGUAUCUUCUUGAUGAGAUGCAUGAUAGAGGCCAUCCUGCUAAUGUGAUCACUUACACUUCUAUAUUGGAUGCAUUGUGCAAAAACCAUCAGUUUGACAAGGCAAUUGAAUUAUUGGCGAAGAUCAAAGACCAACGAAUUCAGCUAAAUAUGCAUACAUACACUAUACUUGUCAAUGGACUAUGCAAAAAUGGAAGACUUAAGGAUGCACUAGUGGUUUAUCAGGAUCUUUUGAUUAAAGGCUACUAUUUAGAUGUGACGAUGUAUACUGUUAUGAUUAACGGGCUUUGUAAAGAGGGAUUGAUUGAUGAAGCAUUGUCCUUAAUGUCAAAAAUGGAAGAUAAUGGUUGCACCCCUGACGGCAUAACUUACACAACUCUUAUUGAUGCUUUGUCCAAAAAUGGAAAGAAUGAGAAGGCGAUGAAACUUUAUCGUGAAAUGAUUGCUAGAGGUCUUUUAUAAGAGUCGAACUAGAGAAAACGAUGUCAUUAUGGAAGAAGUCGAAGCAAUUUCUGCGUCGCCAUCAGGACUAUUACCAUUCAGAGGAUGAAUCGGACAAUAUAAUUGAUGAUGACCUGUGAGUAUAUUAUUCAAAUCAUUGUUGUAGAGUGUGUUUGGGUGCCAAGUGCAUAUUCAUUUUCUCACAUUCAGAAGCAUAUUGUACCGUGUGUUAACCGGUGAAAGAAUUGUUUGAUAAAGGAAUGCUACUUUUGUUGGUGUCUAAUUAAAAUUCAUAAGGAAUAGAAAUUUCAGAGCACUUAUGUUCC